AUAUUCUUCCUCGCCUAGUGUCUUGCUUCCAAGCCCUAGGUUUCUCUUUACCUGACAGCUCUAGGAGAGCCUCACGUUCUACACUUUCACCAGCCCCUAGUUCAUUCGAUCGUUACACAAGUGCUAGUGCGCGCGUCGCUACGUCCGUAGCUUAUUUCGCAUAUCAGGCAGCUCGUCGCAGACAGCCAUGGGGGAUCGGACGGUCCACGUCGGCAAUCUCGAGACGUUCGUGAACGAGAGCACGCUCUACCUGCUCUUCUCGCAGUUCGGCACCGUCACCAACGUGCGUCUCGCGGGGGACCCUAAGAUGCAGACGCGGUACGCGUUUGUGGAGUUCAACGAUUCCGUUAUGGCGCACGCAGCCUGCUUGCUAGACGGGCUGCAGGUCGGCUCGCGGAACCUUCGUGUCUCGCUGUCCAAGCCCUACGCCGGGAAAGGAGCAGCGGCAGCGACAGUUCAGAACCCCUUGGCGGCGCUGAUGGGAGGCGCGGGACUGGCAGCGGCACCUUCCGCCGCUGCACCUCGAAAGCGGUCCACCGUGGAGGAUCAGGAACGCAUUUCGCGGACCAUCCACGUCCGCAAUGUCGACAUCCAGAUCACCGAGGCGAUGCUGGUCGAGUACUUCGGCGUGUGCGGCACGGUGACGGCGGCGCGCACGGCGGGCACGGGCAACCCGCGCACGGCGUGGAUCGAGUUCGCGGCGCAGCAGUCCGCGCUCGCCGCGCUGUCCCUCGACGGCCAAGUGCUCGCCGGACAGACGCUAAGAAUCUCCCCAUCCAAGUCCGCCAUUCAGACCAACGCGCUGUCGCAGCGCAACGCGGCGGCGGCAGCCCUCCCCACGAUGACGCCCGCCAUGAUGAUGGCCGCCGUCGCCGCCCCGCAGAACAUCGUCAAAGUGCAGGGCAUCCCCGCUAAGCCCACCCACCCCGUGGCGUCGGAGGACGAGGUGCGCGGGCUCCUGGAAGGGCAGUGCGGCCUGGUCAAGUCGCUCAUCAUCGUGCCCGUGCCGGGGCCGCCGCCUGAGGAGGGGGACAAGGAGAAGGGCGAGGGGGGCGAGGAGGGGAAGGAGGGGGAGAAGGAGAAAGGGGAGCGGUACAAGGGGCCGACAAAGAUGGCAACGGUUGAGGUGGAGGAUGCAGUGGCGGUGGGCAGGGCGCUGGAGCUGAACGGCACCACGUUCAUGGGCGCCACCAUCUCGGUUGAGAAGGUUGAACCCCUCCCGCCCGCCCCCGUGCCCGCCCCUUCCUCCAUCCCUCCCGCAGCCUUCGCCAUCCCGGGCCUCGACCCCUCCCUCCUCGACCCCUCCCUCCUCUCAGACCCCACCUUCCUCGCUGCGGCCGCUGCAGCAGGGGCACUCCCCCCCACCUCCGCACUCCCUCCCCCGCCCCCCCUGCCCCCCAACACCCACCCCACGGUCGUGUCAACUGAGCCGGAUCACACUGACGGCACCACAGCAGCAGCAGCAGCGGCUGCGGCAACUUCAGAUAACGACCACAAGGACUCGCAUGGGUCGCACAAGCGCUCGGCGGAUGACCACAAGGGCGGAGACAAGCGUGCACGCCACGACUGACCAGCAGCCCGGGAACCCGGUGGUUUUCACUCGAUACACUUGCCUGGCUUUGAGGCCUUAGCCCUCUCACAGGAUGGUACAUUUUGCUUGUUGGACCUACUAGUUCCCUUAUGGAUGACAGCCACUGCAGUACCAGUGCAGCCGCAGUGAGGUGGAUAGGAUGGCCGCACACAAAUGUCGCUCAAAAAACCUACCGCGUUCUUCGGUCAGCCUUCAAAUGUGUGGUAGUGG